AUGGGGGCCAUCCUCAAGAGCAAGCCCUACUUCGAGCUCAAGGCGCACUUGAACCGCCUCCUGGAGGAGCACAAGGCCACGGUGACGGCGCUGGAGGCCCGCGUCACCCACGCCAAGACCCGGUACUCGGUGGCCUUGCGUAACCUGGAGGAGAUCAGCGAGCAGAUCCACGCCCGCCGCCGCCAUCGCCGCUCCCCCAUUGGCGCAGAAGGCUUAGCUCCGCCCCCUCCCUCCGAAUCCACUCCCAUUGGCUCCCGUUUAGGAGUGGGAGGAGCUUCCGGGGAUGACCUAUCGGUGCUCAGCCUCCAGACCAUCGCCUCGGACCUGCAGAAGUUCGACUCGGUGGAGCAUCUCAUGGGGCUUUCGGAUGCCACCAGUCUCCAUGGUGAGGACAUGGAGGGGGGGCAGAGGUACCGGGCUGCUCCAGGACACCUGAAGCAUCAUCGGAGCGUCAGUCUCUAA